ACUCGACUAAAUCGUAAAUAAAUAAAUAAAGAAAAAAGACAAUUGAAGUAUUAUUUAUUUAUGUUAUUGCAACUGUGAAAGGUGUAAGAUUCGAUCCAAGGAUCUGAAACUUGACAGUGUCUAUUUCUUUUUGGUAAUUGGCACAAUAGUAAUCAACAGUUUCUAAAUUUUUUUCGACCAAUAAUAUUGUUGUCUAAUGGUUAUCGUUUGAGCCGUCUUUGCAGACGCAAAAAAAGAUCGAAAUUUUAGUCUACGCGACGUGGUAUUGUGAAGGUAGUAUGAAGGAGUUGGUGAGGUUGGGAUUCAAUGCAAAUCAGGUUUUCAGACACUACUUUGAUUUGAAUCCGCUGAAACUCUAGGAUUUUGGGUUUAAACUGUUUCUCCAUUCAACAAAAAAGUGCAUGUAAGGCCAUUAACUUGAUGAAGUCAAUGUACUUGAAUACUGCUCCGCAUUAAAGAAGAGAAGAUGCUACCAAACUGGAAGAAACCCCACAUUAUAUUGACAAUCCAAUCGUUAGUUGAAUUCUUGUUUUUGUUAAUCGGAACAUCUAGAAGUAAAGAGGGUGGUAAGGGUAUGCUGUGAAAAUAAACCAUGGAGCGUCCUUUGGAGAAAAGGUAUCCAGUCAAUGCAAAAGACUAUAAGAUAUAUGAGGAAGUUGGAGACGGUGUCAGUGCCACUGUGUACAGGGCUUUAUGCAUUCCACUUGAUGAAAUUGUUGCUAUCAAGGUUCUUGAUUUGGAGAAGUGCAACAAUGAUCUGGAUGGCAUUCGCAGAGAGGUGCUGACCUUGAGCUUGAUUGAUCACCCAAAUGUAUUGCGGGCACAUUGCUCAUUUGCUGCUGGCCAUAACCUUUGGGUUGUGAUGCCAUACAUGGCUGGGGGGUCCUGCUUACAUAUAAUGAAAUCUGAUUAUCCGGAAGGUUUUGAAGAGCCUUUCAUUUCAACUGUGUUGCGUGAAGUUCUUAAAGCUCUUGUUUAUCUGCAUGCCCAUGGGCACAUUCACAGAGACGUGAAGGCUGGGAAUAUUUUAAUUGACACUGAUGGUGCUGUCAAGUUGGCAGACUUUGGGGUAUCAGCAUGUAUGUUUGAUAGUGGGGACAGACAGCGUUCUAGAAAUACUUUUGUUGGAACUCCUUGCUGGAUGGCUCCAGAAGUUAUGCAGCAAUUGCACUGUUAUGAUUUUAAAGCAGACAUCUGGUCUUUUGGAAUAACAGCACUUGAACUUGCUCGUGGCCAUGCCCCGUUUUCCAAGUAUCCACCAAUGAAAGUUCUGUUAAUGACCUUGCAAAAUGCUCCUCCUGGUCUGGACUAUGAAAGGGACAAGAGGUUCUCAAAGUCUUUCAAAGAGAUGGUAGCUACCUGCCUGGCGAAGGACCCAAAGAAACGUCCAACUUCAGAGAAACUUUUGAAGCACCGCUUCUUUAAAAAUGCACGCUCCUACAGUUAUCUAGCUCGUACAAUUCUUGAUGGCCUUGCUCCAUUGGGAGAACGUUUUAGGUUGCUUAAGACAAAAGAAGCUGAUCUUCUUGUCCAGAAUAAGGCUCUCUACGAGGACAAGGAGCAAUUAUCACAGCAAGAGUACAUAAGAGGAAUCAGUGCCUGGAAUUUCAACUUAGAGGAUUUGAAAAGUCAGGCUGCACUUAUUCAUGAUUAUGAUGAUAUCCUAAGUGCAGAAGAUCAAGAAGGGAGCAAGAAGCAAAGGGACAUGCAUGAUGUAGCCGGAUUAUCAGCAGAGAAUAUGUCCCCAGAAACAGCUUGUAAUUCUGUUGCUGCAACUAGCCAGGAGGAAGGGCUUAGUGAUCUUCAUGAUUUGGAGAGUUCACUAGCUUCUUUUACUAUUAAACCUCCCCAAGCACUCAAAGGCUGUUUUGACGUUGUUGAAGAUGACGAGGGUGCAAAUAGUGCAAAUAGUCCAAACCAGAAAGGUGUUACCCAAUUAGAAAGUGAACGGUUCAUUACAAACUCAUCAAGAGCUUUGGACCAAGAUGCUGGAAGAUAUGAGGGUGAGAAUUCUCGGCAAACUAGCUCUUUAUCAUGUCAGGUCAUUCCACAGCAUAAAAAGUAUUGGAGCGGUUCACUAAUACCUGAAAACCUUCCUCCCCAAAAUGUUACAGGAAAUGGGGAUAGGGACUUCCUACAGCCUAAAUUUCAAUCUGAACGCAACCACAGUGGUCCAUUGUUCUAUCGCCAGAGGAGAGAAACACAUAAGACCUCACCUGAGGAGGCAUUGGAGGGACCAGUUGUUCAACGGGGCCGCUUUAAGGUGACUUCAGCUGAUCUCAGUCCUAAGGAACCAUCAAACUGCAGUUUUAACCCCGCAACUGGAGGUUUAACCAGUCUGACAUCUCUAAACACGACAACUAGUUUAUUUCUGCCAUCUCUACAAAGUAUCUUGCAACAGAACAAUGUGCAAAGAGAAGAGAUCGUUAGACUGAUCAAGUAUUUGGAGCAAACAUCUGGCAAGUUUGAGGACUCCGCCGAGGUGUGCUCAAAUGACCUUUUACAGAUGCCACCACCUUCUGCAAGGGAGAAAGAGCUGCAAUCUCAGGUGCUUCAGCUGCAACAGGGCAUUGGGAACCUUUCUGAGGAAUUACAGCGACAGAGAUCGAAAAACAUGCUGGAAACCAAAUUCAUUUUACUUCCCGUAACCACCUUGCAGUUAGAGAAACAAUUAAAUGCAUCAACCGAAAACAAAGAGUGAAGGCAAGAGAGUGAAGUUUGGGGGUGAUGAUUUUCUAUAUAUGAAACUGCCGGAUUUUUUGGUGCCAGGGUUCGCAAGGAUUCAAAAGGUGUUGAGGCAUGGAAGUGUGUGUUUUUUUUAAUGUAAUUUCUAGUGUACCAUAUCCAUGGCCAGGGUUGAGUAUUAAGCUGGACUUGCAAAUUGAGAUCCCAUUGCUUGAAUCUCAAGAAACUUGUAAUUUAUUUGCAGUAUUUUGUAAUACGAUUGUAGUCUCUUUCUCU